AUGAAUGAAAUGGAACCAAAGGCAUGACACUAAAUAAAAUUUCAAGAUAUUUCUUAUCUAAACCCCAUUUUAGGGUCAUUUCUUAGAAAUGAUAAUCUAAGGAUCGAAGAGGGCAAAAUGAUAAUGACACUUAAAAUCUUGCAACAGCAUCGUCGUUUCCUCCAUUUACUUCUACAAAGGUACUUUACUGCAGUUGCAAAUGCUUCCAAAAGCAGUGUACCAAAGGUACUGACUUGUCACAGGGAUGACUGUGUGUCAGAAAUUAUUGAUGUUAGAACUCCAGCUGAAUAUGAGGAAGAUCAUAUCCCAGGGGCAAUAAAUCUACCUGUCCUUUCAAAUGAUGAAAGGAUAACUAUUGGGACAAUGUACUCCCAUAGCAAGUUCGAGGCACGUAAGGCAGGAGCUGCUUUGAUUUCAAGAAAUAUUGCAAAUCAUAUUGAGGUGUAUUUUCAAUCAAAGGGCACUGAUUAUAGUCCUCUUAUAUAUUGCUGGAGAGGAGGUCAAAGGUCAUACAGUAUGGCUCUCAUUCUGGCUCAAAUUGGUUUUGAGUCGUUUGUGUUAGAAAAAGGAUAUAAACAGUAUAGGGCAGGAAUAAGACGGGAGUUUGAGACCUUGCCACAGAUGUUUCAGUACAGAGUUAUAUCAGGUCCCACAGGAAGUGGAAAGACCAGGAUACUACAAGCAUUGUCAGCACAAGGUCACCAAGUCCUUGACCUUGAAGGUCUAGCUAAACAUAAGGGCUCAGUUUUAGGACUUUGGCAUGGUGAGACACAGCCUUCACAGAAAUACUUUGACUCGUUAUUAUGUGAUAAGUUACACUCUUUUACAACUUCCAAACCAGUGUGGCUAGAAUCGGAGAGUGUUCGCAUUGGUUCAAUAUGUAUUCAUCAAAAAUUCUUCCAACAUUUAAAAACAGCUCCUAGAUUUCAUGUGCAUCUACCUUUAGAAGAAAGGGUAAAGCAUAUAAUCAGAGACUAUCCGAAUUGGAUUGAAAAUAAAGAAGAAUUGAAAACAAUUAUUCUAAAACUAGUGAAUACAGCUGGUCAUGAACGUGUAAACGAAUGGUUGACCUUGAUCAAUCAGGGUGACUGGGAGGCUUUUGUGAGAAGAAUGCUUCUGGAGCACUAUGAUCCAUGUUAUAUGCUAUCUCAGAAGAAGAAUGACUUAUCUAUAGUCGAAUCAAAACAUUUACAUUUAGACAACCUUGAUAAUGAUACUUUAACUAAUCUUGUAAAUAAAAUUGAAAGUAUUUAGUUGAAAGUUGAAUACUUUUGUGUUAAUUCAUAGAAAACAUACGUUCAGUGAAGCACAAGCAUAAAACUAAUUAAAUGCUUUAUGAUGUACUAUAAAUUUCUAAGAAGAAAAAGAAACUUAAAAUUUUGUCUUACUGUCAAAAAUUAUAUCUGUCUAAAAGAAGUAAUAUCAUAUCAUAUGAUUUCUGAGAUUUUUAAAAUUUCUUUGCAGUGAAUAAUAAUAUUUUAUACAUGUAGGAAUGUAAUAUCCAAGGGAUAAGUUUGACUUUUGAUUGAAUGGAAAACAGUAAAAUUUAUUUUCAUGUUUUUAUACAUUUAGCUGUUAUUAUAUUAGAUUAUUUAUUUCAUUGUUACAGUUGCUGGUAUUAAUUAAUGAAUUAUAUUUGAGAAAUGUUCCUCAAACAGUAUUUAAUAAAGUAUUAUAGCAAGUAUUAAAUUUAAUCUGAAUUUUAUUGUUGGUAACAGGUUAUUGGCACUGAUAGAGUAUGAGUAAGACUAAAAUAAGACUGGAGCACCACACUAAAUACAGUAUUCCAGUAUACCGGACAAGGGGCUUGAAUGAUUAAAUCUUGACUUUUCACUCAACGGAAUGAACUUUAAAAGGUCUUGUUCAUCUUUUCACAACAAUUUAUGUAUGAUAAUGAAUGAAAAAUGCAAGCAUUGGUGAAAAAAACAAUAUUUGUCUAUUUAUUGAUCAUGAUUUCUGCAAGCUCCAGUCCUAUAUUGAGUUAAAUUCAUAGCAUAUGACACUUUUUGAAAGGGAGUUAAAUCUUAUUAGAAAUAAUUGCUGAAAAUCUUG